AUGGCGUCGGGCAGCGGGACAAAAAACUUGGACUUUCGCCGAAAGUGGGACAAAGAUGAAUACGAGAAGCUCGCCGAGAAGAGGCUCACGGAAGAGAGAGAAAAGAAGGAUGGAAAACCAGUGCAGCCAGUCAAGCGGGAACUUCUGCGGCACAGGGACUACAAGGUGGACCUGGAAUCCAAGCUUGGGAAGACAAUUGUCAUUACCAAGACCACCCCACAAUCGGAGAUGGGAGGAUACUACUGCAAUGUUUGUGACUGCGUGGUGAAGGACUCCAUCAACUUCCUGGAUCAUAUUAAUGGAAAGAAACAUCAGCGAAACCUGGGUAUGUCUAUGCGUGUGGAACGUUCUACACUGGAUCAGGUGAAGAAACGCUUUGAAGUCAACAAGAAGAAGAUGGAAGAGAAGCAGAAGGAUUAUGAUUUUGAGGAAAGAAUGAAGGAGCUCAGAGAAGAGGAGGAAAAGGCCAAAGCCUACAAGAAAGAGAAGCAGAAGGAGAAGAAAAGGAGGGCUGAGGAGGACUUGACAUUUGAGGAGGAUGAUGAGAUGGCAGCUGUGAUGGGCUUCUCUGGCUUUGGCUCCACCAAGAAGAGUUAUUGAGGCUUUCUAUGCUUGGCUUUUCACUCAGUCAACUUUGUGUGCGUGUGUGUCAUUUCUUUUUGGGCACUUGGGGAAAGUCCUUAAGAGUGGCAAUAGGGAGGGUUUGAGGGUGGGUGGGUGUGAUUUCCCUCUCCCUUGGGAGGGCCCAGGAUGCAGAGUUAAUGCUGUGGCACAUUCUUUCAGUUGCAGUACAUUGCUGGAGUCACAGGACCUCUGCCCAUCUGAGUUCCCAAUAAAGAUAAACUUCCCCUUCUGAGGCUGCUUUCCCAAUCCUCCCCUGCCCCCCACAUCUUUCCCUCUUUAUCCAUUCAAUCCCUUGUCUGAACAGCCUAUAUUUAUCCUGUGUUCUGCCUUUGUUUUAAUUUUGACUCUUGUUGAGCCUGCAGCAAAAGGGUUCUCUGGGUCCCCAUUUUCCAGUCAAUGGCAUAUUCUUGGCCAGCCCCUUUCCAACCCCAUCCCGCCCUUUGGAUCUCUAGCCAACUGUGCAUGCAUGUGUACUUCUGCCUGGGUCAGUGGUGUGUGUGGGUAUGUGUGCAUGAACCUCACAUAGAGGGGGCCUGAGCUAGAACCCCAGAGCAUUGCUUCCCUGGGGGCUGAUGUUCUUAGCUUCCCCAGAGCAUGUAACAGGAAAUUAAAUGGGAUGAGUGUUUGGUGUGGUUUGUGUCCGGUGCGUUUUUUAACCUUUGUUCAUCAUAUGGAGACUGUUAAUAGCUUAUGCAGUUUGUUUCAUUUUAUUGAGGAUUUCUCUGUUAUUGUCUUCCUUGUGAGCAGGCUCUUGGAAGGACCUGUUUGAUGCAAAAAAGAAAAAAACAGCCUCACUCUGGGAUCCUUGGGUCUCAGAGAUUGUUCAACAUUUAUAAUAAAUGGCAUUGACUGGGCCUGUUUCACAAUGGUGGGAACAUUCCAUAUUCUUCUUGUUUAUAUUUGUCUUUCUUUCCCAAAAUGAGGAUUUCCAUAUAAAGCUUAUUCUUAAUUCUUC